GUAAUAGGUGAGAUACUGAUAGUUUAACAAAAUAAAUGAGGUUGUAAAACAGACAUCUGUUUCAGUAAAGCUGAAUGCAUCAGUAGUUUAAGAAGGAGGGGUUACUGCAUCUCAAAGUCUAAAUUCAUCAAGCUCUUCAAUUACUGUAGUUCCUUUAUCAGAUACAGAAACAGCACCAACAGAAACAUUCAUGCAUGAAUUAGAGGUUAUCACAUAUAGGUCAACAACUGCAUUAAGCCCUACAUUUACUUUAAUUGCUAUUUCACUUUCAGAAAAAGCAUCAACAGAAACAACCAUUCAAGAAACAGAAAGUACCACAUCUCCAUCUCAAAGUACAUUAGGCCCUACUCCUGUUCCUGUUACUACUGCAGAAACAACAUCAGGGCAAACAUCUAUUAAAGAAUCACAGAACAGUGCAUUUCUUCCUGAGGAAAUAUCAACCACUAGCCUGAAUGUAGUUCCUACAACAGAAAAAGCAUCAACAGAAACAACCAUUCAAGAAACAGAAAGUACCACAUCUCCAUCUCAAAGUACAUUAGGCCCUACUCCUGUUCCUGUUACUACUGCAGAAACAACAUCAGGGCAAACAUCUAUUAAAGAAUCACAGAACAGUGCAUUUCUUCCUGAGGAAAUAUCAACCACUAGCCUGAAUGUAGUUCCUACAACAGAAAAAGCAUCAACAGAAACAACCAUUCAAGAAACAGAAAGUACCACAUCUCCAUCUCAAAGUACAUUAGGCCCUACUCCUGUUCCUGUUACUACUGCAGAAACAACAUCAGGGCAAACAUCUAUUAAAGAAUCACAGAACAGUGCAUUUCUUCCUGAGGAAAUAUCAACCACUAGCCUGAAUGUAGUUCCUACAACAGGUAAAAACUGUCCAUUAUUACUUUGUUAGUAAUGGACACCUGAUACAAAUUAGCAUUAAAUAAAAAGUGAAACCGUCUAAUUACUUCAGAUGCUUUUUACUAUUAGAAGGAUAACAGUUUAAAUUGCUGUUUCUAAAAACUACUCACUUAUUGAUCCUCAUAUCAACAAGGGAUGAUCAGCUGUACCAGUUCAGUCUGUAAGAGAUAGAA